AUGGACUGGGGUCCCUUUCCUGAAUCCGGGCCCUCCUCAUCCUACAAUUUUUCCCCUACCUCUCCUGCAUCCCAGCCACCAUUACUUUUCAGGCCUCGGGCACCAGACCAGGAUGCUUUCCAAACUAUUUUGGAUCUCUGUGUCUUCCUCGUGCGCAAGCAACCCUCUGCCUCUCCACCCCUUUACGUGAGGUCAGUUCUUUCCUCCUGGGCUCAGAGUGUGAAAAGGAAUUAUUUUCAGAAUUUGUCUACGUUUCACCAUCACACUGCAGGGACACCCCCCCCACACACACAAUUUCAGGCUCAAAAAUGGGUGGAGGGCACAGAGGAGGGCCGUCGAGGAGGAGAUGGGGCCACCUGCCCAUGUUGCGCCUCACCAUUCUCCUCAUUCAUCUCGGGACCCCCUCCUCCCUCCCCGUCUCUCCCCACUGCUCCUGGAUCCUAG